AUGUACAAACUGCAGCUGCUGCUCUGCCUGGCCUUUGCUUGGCAUCAUGGGCAUGUGGAUGCGGUCACGGGAUCGUCAGCAAGUGCGGGGGCGAGCAAAGCGCCGACGAGCGUUGGAAUGCUGGACACUGUUUUGAGGGGAGGCAAGAGUCGGCAGUCGCGCUGUGUGCGCUGCUACGAGGAUCGCUACUAUGGCAGUAGUAGUGGAGGGGAUCGUUAUGGCGGCUACUCGAGUCGGUCGGGCGACGAGGGACGUGGAUCUUGGUAUUAUCCCAGCGCGAGCUACGACAGAUACGAGGAUCGGGGCAGCAGCAGAGAUCGGGACUACUACCGGGAUAGCUAUUUCUAUCCUGAGGAUCGUUAUGGCUCACGCAGCUACGAUCGCUACGAGGGACGUGGAUACGAUGACUACAGACGUGGAGGCAGCUAUGAACGGGGAGGCAGCUACGAUCGGGAUCGCGGCUAUGGCUACGAUAAUAGAGAUCGCUAUUACACCGAUCGGUAUAGUGAUAGUCGUGGCGGGGAUCGCUAUUACGAUCGGCCUCGCUACAGUGGGCACGAUCGCUACUAUUCAAGGUAUGAUUUUCGCAACUAUCGUCCAUGGGAUGAGACCUACAGAGGACAAUCCGGCUUUGACAACUCUGGGCGUGGCUAUUACUUUGCCAGCGAUGACGAUAAUCGCGGCUACGCCCCGCCCUACGAUCGGGAACGCGCUCAGUCAUCUGCGUCCGCAUCUCCCUCGCCCUGCGGUCACCUAGUCAGAAAUUGUCCCUAUGCCGGCGGCUCGAGCUUCGGCUCCGGUCAGGGGGAUCGUGGCACAAAAGUCUCUUCAGCCGCCAUAGGAAAUGAUAGCUCCCGUGGCGGAGGCCACACCAGUGUCAUGGGCCAGACCGCUGAUGGCAAGCAGCCCAAUGGGCAAGGUACCUGGACCUACCUCAACGACCAGGACAAACAGAACUCGCGCGGUGGUAACGGUGGCGGCAGCGGAAGCGGCAGUGGGGGCAUUAGGGAUGAUGGCAGGGACAGAGAGCGUAAUCAGCAGAGCUCUUCCUACGGUGGCCGACCCCGUCCUAUAGGCGGCAGCUAUCUCUUCGACCGGGACAGCAACGCCGUCCCAGAGGGUCAGAACGAAGCCGCUAAUGUGGCUGGUGGUGGAGGUGGUGGUGUUGGUGGUGCCGCCAUGCCCGCGGCUGCGGCCCAAACGGCGCCUGCUGCUAGUGGCGAGAGCAACGCCAAGGAGCCACAAAACGCGAUGCAGUGA